CGGCUGUAGUGUUUCCGGUGUUGAUGAAUGCCCUGCUCGGUUAAAAAAAACGCGCUGGGGUAGGAGUCACCUCGUCGGUAGUAUUGUCUGCUCAGUAAAUACCCUUCACAGUGUAGCGUAAAACAGCGCUCGUUUGAUUGCUUUCUCGUUUUUCUUUUUGCCUCGACCACUCGCAGGCGCUCGGGGCCUAAUCACCAGCAGGCGUUAAAGAAUCCUGGAAACAGCGAACUGUUAGCUUGAGUUAGCAGCGAUGUCGGGUGUUGUGCGAGGCCCCGCUGGGAACAACGACUGCCGAAUUUACGUGGGAAACCUCCCGCCAGAUAUACGCACAAAAGAUGUGGAAGACGUGUUCUACAAGUAUGGGACGAUUCGAGAUAUCGACUUGAAGAACCGGAGAGGGGGACCCCCGUUCGCCUUUAUUGAAUUCGAAGACCCCAGGGACGCUGAUGAUGCCGUCUAUGGACGUGAUGGAUACGACUACGACGGCUACAGACUGCGAGUGGAGUUUCCUCGGAGCGGCAGGGGAUCCAGAGGAGGGUUUGGGAUCGGAGGAGCGCCCAGAGGCAGAUAUGGACCCCCUUCCAGACGAUCUGAGUACAGAGUCGUUGUGUCAGGGCUCCCUCAGAGCGGCAGCUGGCAGGACCUGAAGGACCACAUGCGUGAGGCAGGCGACGUGUGCUACGCCGACGUUUACAGAGACGGGACUGGAGUUGUAGAAUUUGUGCGCAAAGAAGACAUGACCUAUGCCGUUCGCAAGCUGGACAACACCAAAUUCCGCUCCCAUGAGGGAGAGACUGCUUACAUUCGUGUGAAAUUAGACGGUCCCCGCAGCCCAAGUUAUGGAAGAUCACGCUCUCGCAGCCGUGGCAGCCGGAGCAGGAGCCGCAGUCGGAGCGCCAGCCGCAGUCGCAGCAAUUCCCGUGGUCGUGGCAGAGGAUCUCCCCGCUACUCACCCCGUCACAGCCGCUCUCGCUCCCGUUCCUAAGCUUUUCUGCCGUCGAUGUUUUGCUCCUUUUGAUGUAUACCCUCCUGUUUUUACCUCCUAUGAGUUUCUCCAGAUGUCAGCUAUUGAUUUUAAUUUCUCCCCCCCCCCUCCUUUUUCUUGUCCUGGUGUCCUUGUGGAUGAUCUUGGUAUGUAGUUGUACCACCCCCACCCGUGCUUCAACCCUUCCCUCUGUCUCCUGCAGCUUUGUCCCUUCUUCUCCCCCCUCCCUCCCACUCCCCUCUCUCUCCACCUCUCGCUCCCUUUUUUCUGUCCUAAAGUUUUGCAAAAGUAGAAGUUGUGCUGUGUCGAACUUCAAAAAUGUUGAGUUGUUUAUAACCUUCACUCAAUGUUUUUGCAAGUACUGAAAAUUUAAAGUUUUGUUUUUGGUUUUGUUUUGUUUUUUUCUUAUAUAUUAAAAAAAAAAAAAGCUUCUCAUUGGAUAUGUGGGGUGGGCUGUUUGAAAGGGGAGCCCGAUGCUUAACUGUAUUUUACCCUUGUGUCUUCCUUUAGACAUCUGAAGAGAAGGAUUAAAGUGAUUUGGAAUAAAACCAUUGUGGAGAACAUUUCAUUUGUAUGGUCAGGAUAGGACAUCUAGGAGCAAUCAGGUCGAGGCAAUGGUACGCUUCAUAUUCCAUAAAUUGAACGUUUCUGAUCGGUUGCUGUAUCAUGCAUGUCAUUUUAACAAAGCCACGUGCUGUACUUUGUUAUAUAUACAGUUUUUAACAUGCUACUUCUGACCUGUGACAGAAUAAGCAGUCCUAAAUCAAGUGUUGUGAUGUAAGUGUAACAUCUUUGCUGUCAAAUGUGGGGGAAAAAAGUGAAUUCACUACUUUGAUGCAAAGUGUCUCACUUAAAUAUCCUCAUUGCUUUAAAUGUUUUCAGGGAGUGAUUGUUUUUGUGCUCAGUGGCAUUUA